AUGUCUGGUCGACAAUCAUCAAAUGAACAAUUGUCGAUGAAUGAUCGACCUUUGCCAGUCGAUACAUGUGAGAAAAAAGAAGAAUAUCAGGAGCAACGACAUGAGCGAUCAGCAUCCAGUCCAGGAAAACGAUUUUCUGUCACAUCUCGACGAGAAUCAACAUCAGCUUCGUCAGGUGCUCGCCAAUCAAAUACUUCCACAACUGAAUCGCAUCGGGGACGUUCGAAGACAACACCAUCACAGAUACUGGAAGUCGAAUCAACCUUUGAUAAUUCUUCGCAACCAUCGACUAUAGGAUCCACUGGCUUUAAUUUUCUUCAAUCGAUCAAAGAUUUAACACAAAAAGAACUCUACCGUGCUAAUCCACUAGGACUUCUCGGAAAAGAAGUCAUCUCUGCCACUGGUACAACGCGUUGUCCCGAGCCGAUACCACCGAAUGAAGAUGAACGACCAGCUAGUAGUGUUGGUGAAGACGGUGGUGCAAUAACACCCGCAUCUUCGUCGGUUUCAUCGAAUAAACUAUCACCAAUAACUGAAAAUGAACCACAGCAUAUCCAUUUCCCAUUGAAUGAAGAAGAGAAAGCCAAUAUGCACCGACGUCGUUCAACGCUAGUCAGUACAUCUGAAGUCGUACUUCCACCAUGUCCAGCCGAGUUCAUUGAAAACACCGCUAACAAUAUCGAACAGCCACAUUUAUUCUCUCAACUAUCGCCAACAACUAUGGUAGCAGAUUUUAUACCUGACAAAAUGACAAUCAAUGUUUUUGAAGUGUUCAUUUAUGCAUGGGGUGUGUUCGCAUUCUUCUUCGACAUGAUUACGGAUCUUGUCCUGGCUCAAGCUUACUAUACCGAAGGUGCCUAUUGGCUCUUUUUAUUGACUCUCAUGUGUGUUAUUGUACCAAACUUGACCUUAUCCGUUUUUUCUCUCGUCUGGUACAUCGAUGGAAGUCAAUUGAAAUCAUCUCGAAAUGAGAAACAAACAGUAACACAAUAUAACACAUCGAUGCAUGAAACAAAUCUCUCCAAUGAUCUGGCUGAGAAAGAUCAACGACGAGCGAGCAAAACUUCAGAAUCGAUGCCAUUAAAUGAGAAACCAGCUGGAAUAAAUAAACUUGAUGUACAUACAUCCGACUCGGAAUAUCAAUCGCAAAAGCUUGACAAAGAUGCACAACAGAAAUUGUACAAUGAAAAAGAUAUGCAGUUCUCAGUUGCUACCGCCAAUGUUCUAACUUGGAUAAUUCGCAUCAUUAUACUUGUAUUACAGUUGGAUUUAUGUUUAAAAUACAUUCGUGGAUUGUAUUAUACAUGGAAAGGCUUUCAAAAACGUCACAAUCCAAAGUGGGCGCGAUUCUAUCUAACAAAACAAAUUCUGAUCGAUGCUGAUAUUGCUCUCUUACGUGUUUUCGAUUGUUUUAUGGAUUCUGGUUCACAAGUAACAUUACAACUAUAUAUUAUGUUACGAUUAGGUUCAACAUCGAUGAAAUUUGAUAAUCUAUUCCUGAAGCAAUGCCUAUCGAUUGUAUCAUCAUUGGGUUCAUUAGCGUAUGCACUGAGCGGUUACUCACGAUGUUGGCGUCAUAUGCAAUUAACGCAUUCACCACAAGGCUGGCCAAAAGGUAAACCUGCACCACAAUUAGUAUCUUGGUGGAGUACAAUCAUUCAAUGGGUUUGGUAUCUGUUUUUAAUUACUCCAAGAGUGUUAGCUUUAGCCAUGUUUGCUGCUACAUUUCGUUCGUGGUUUUGGAUUAUUAUAUUUGCACAUUGGUGUGGAAUGCUCUUUUGGGUUCUUCGUUUCCGUACAAUCUUCUGUAUCAGUGACCAAACGAAAUAUAACCCACGCGAAGCUAUUUUCGAGAAAUGUUACAAUUUGGUUUGUUCAUAUAUAUUCAUAUUUUGUUACAUGAAUCUUCGAAAAGGCGAUACUCGUACUCAUUAUAUUGGCUUUUAUACCAUUUAUUAUAUUGAAAAUAUCGCAUUUUCCAUCAUCUAUGCUAUUCAUUCGGCUGAAACUAAUUUAGUCUUGAAGUAUUCACUUGUUUUAUUUGUUUGUUGCGGCUUUUGGGUGGCAGUGUCAUUUCAAUUUUGUUACUAUCGAUUUCUACAUCCGAGUACUCAUGUUCGUCUAAGUACCAAACGAAACAUAUCAGCAUUUGUACAUACUCGAACGAAAAGACGGUCCGAUCAAUUAAACAAAUCGAAAUCGUGCGAAGACAUCAUUGCCCAUGCAGAACAUCCAAAUCCCACUGAAAAUAACGAACUGAUCGAAACAACAUCUCUACACUUUGACAAUUCGAUUGAUGAACGGUGGCACAAUCGUUUCUCGAAAGAAAACCGACAAAAGCUUAUUUUUCAACAGCAAGUCAUUGAUGAAAAAGUUAAAAUGACACGCGCACAGAAACAGCUCGAAGAUGCCGCCAAGCGUCAACAUCGAUCGACACAAAACUUCUUCACGCGAUUAUCAUCGCCAUUCAAACGAUCGCCUGUACUAUCAACAACGCCGGUGAUACAAUCGUCAGAUAGUACGAUCAAUCACCCUAGUGUAUCGACGACAAGAUCACAUCAACCCGAUGCUGUUAAUCAACUAUCGGCGUUUUGUACACCUGAUAAACAGAAGAUUCCUUACCAGCAAUCAUCGCAUAUAUAUGAUAUUGACGAAGAUAUACCAUUACCUGUUGACGACCAAACUAUCACAUCUGUACAUACUAAUAACGUGAUAUCCGAAGGUGGAAAUGAAAUGAUUUUAACUGCUGCUAAACUUGUAUCUGAUACCAUAACUCCUCUCCCUUCAUCUUCUGCUAAUAACAAUACGACUUUAUCAUCACCGACAAUGAUUGAUUAA